CAGGCGGCCGGCGCUGAGGCGGGGACGGCGGGAGUCGCUGCUGAGGCGGCCGCGGGCGCGGGUGGCGGCUUCGCUGCGCGGCGGGGCCGGGCCCGGCUGGCAGCGGCAAGCCUAGCGCUGGGCGGUGAGGGCGGGCGGCAUGGCCCUCACCUAGGGCGGUGGGCCAAGCGGCUGAACGCAGGAUGCCGGCGAGGCGGCGCGGCGGCUCUUCACCCGUGCCAGAUGUUGAUCAUCUUCCUGAAGUAGAAUCUCCAUGGCUUGAACAUUUGCUGAAAAUCAUUUUUAGUGGAAUAUCUGUUUAAUAACAAGAAAACCGCAUCAAGAUGGUUGGCAAACUGAAGCAGAACUUACUAUUGGCAUGUCUGGUGAUUAGUUCUGUGACAGUGUUUUACUUGGGCCAGCAUGCCAUGGAAUGCCAUCACCGAAUAGAAGAACGUAGCCAGCCAGUCAAGUUGGAGAACACAAAGACCACUGUGCGAACCAGCCUGGAUGUGAAAGCCAACAAAACAUUUGCCUACCACAAAGAUAUGCCUUUAAUAUUUAUUGGAGGUGUGCCGCGGAGUGGCACUACACUCAUGAGGGCCAUGCUAGAUGCACACCCUGACAUUCGCUGUGGGGAGGAAACCAGGGUCAUUCCCCGAAUCCUGGCCCUGAAGCAGAUGUGGUCACGGUCAAGUAAGGAGAAGAUCCGUUUGGAUGAGGCUGGUGUCACUGAUGAAGUGCUGGAUUCUGCCAUGCAAGCCUUCUUACUGGAAGUCAUUGUUAAGCACGGAGAGCCAGCCCCUUAUUUAUGUAAUAAAGAUCCAUUUGCCCUGAAAUCCUUAACGUACCUUGCUAGGUUAUUCCCCAACGCCAAAUUUCUGCUGAUGAUCAGAGAUGGACGAGCAUCAGUACAUUCAAUGAUUUCUCGGAAAGUGACUAUAGCUGGAUUUGACCUGAACAGUUACAGGGACUGUUUGACCAAGUGGAAUCGUGCCAUAGAAACCAUGUAUAACCAGUGUAUGGAAGUUGGUUAUAAAAAAUGCAUGUUAGUUCACUAUGAACAGCUCGUCUUACAUCCUGAACGGUGGAUGAGAACACUCUUAAAAUUCCUCCAUAUUCCAUGGAACCAUUCAGUAUUACAUCACGAAGAGAUGAUUGGGAAAGCUGGGGGAGUGUCGCUGUCAAAAGUGGAGAGAUCUACAGACCAAGUCAUCAAGCCGGUGAAUGUAGGAGCUCUGUCAAAAUGGGUUGGGAAGAUUCCUCCAGAUGUUCUACAGGACAUGGCAGUGAUUGCACCUAUGCUUGCCAAACUUGGAUAUGACCCAUAUGCCAAUCCACCCAACUAUGGGAAGCCUGAUCCAAAAAUCCUGGAAAACACUAGAAGGGUCUAUAAAGGAGAAUUUCAACUACCUGAUUUUCUUAAAGAGAAACCCCAGACUGAGCAAGCGGAGUAGCAGAGCCAGGAACCUCUGUCCUAUGUGAGGAGAGACUGCUGCCUUCUCCACCCAGGGGAGGUUUUGGCCCUGGGUGUCCCCGCUGGGAUCAGCGGAGUGGACGCACCCAACUACAGCUCCUGCUCUCACCAGUCUCCUGCCGUUCUCAAGGUGGAGAUGUGAUCUGCUUCCCGGGCAGCGUCUCUUGAACCUGGUCACACGCACAGCCUGUGGCCCAGGAGCCCCGAGGGGACCUGUGUGUUCUGUUAAAACUCCUCUGCUCUUCAUCUUCUCUUAACAGAUUGCAAGCUUUGUUUUUAAGGAGAGGGUUUUCAAAUGGGAUUCUGUGUAAGCAAAACUGGGCAGAUUCGUUUUGGAAUAGGUUGUUUGUAUGUGUUCUAAUGUUUUAUAGCGCACUUGUGCCUGUUUAAAUGUAUUGAUGUGGAUAAUAUGAUAUAUCUUAAUUAUUUAAAUAAUUCACUGUAUUGUUUCUGGAAAGUUGGGAAAUUACUGCAUACCUUUACAACUUAAUGACUUUUGUAUUUUAUUUUUCAAAAUAAAAGCUUUAAAUGUGA